UUAAAGCUCAAAUGACUGUGGUCCAACUAUAGUUUGCUGUCUAUUCAUAUGCCACAAUAAUGGUUUGUCGUUGCAAUGACUGACUUACCCUUGGGAUGAUGGGAUCUCUAGACCUUGGGUUUACGGCUUGCUUGUUUUGUCUGUAUUGUCUGUAUUUCCGGUCCAAAUCCCCUCAAAGCUUCUGUGUUCACCUGCGAUACACUCAAGGCCACUAUAAUAACUAUCUUGGAGAAAAAGGUCUUCCAUUUUUUCUUGAAAGAUUUUAUGUUGUCAGUCAUGAUUUCAAGUGAAAACUCACUGUACAGGCUUGGAGCUGCAAAUUUAAAGGCUCUAGAACCAACAUUCGAAGUGGAGAUAAUGAGAAUAUAUGAUUUACUAGUCGAUAUAAUAAAUAUAAAGCAAUCUGGAGAUACCGAGAUUGUAUGGUAGAAAGAAGCAAUGCAGAAAUACUGAGAGUGUAUGGUUUAGAAGGUAAAAUCCGAAAUGUAUGACUGCGGGUAAUACUUUGUAUUAAGGAUUAGAAAUAUCCUUACAAGUUUCCAUGCUUCUUUAUGUAUGAAACUUUAUUCACAUUAAGCUUAAUCUACGUAGCAUCAAGACUUCAUGCAAGAAAAAUUAUUCGAUGAUAUAGUAUAAGACUAUAAGUUUUGUAAUUGCAAGGUACAAAAUAAAACUAGUCUCAAAUAUUCCAAUCCAUUACAAAUUCUGAGGCUGCAGCUUUAUUAAAAUUUGUGAAGCUGUUAAUCUAUUAAGUGAACGCCCACAGGAUAAGACUCCACCGGCAAAAUCAGUGACGAAAUUUUUGUUUACAACGGGAAGAGCUACAGUUGCCAACUAGUACAUUCAUCGGUAAGGUUCGUUCAUGGACCAACGGUACCUGUCACAUUCACUCAUGAAUGCACUAGAAAAGUGAACACUGGGAGUCUUGGUGCUCUGUGUAGUUACGUUAGUGCGCUGUGGUCUUAAAAUAAGCAGUCCCUGACGAAAAAUGCAGUUACUGAAAGCAAUAUGCAUCAUAACUGCAGUAGUGAUAGGUGUGAUCGCCAUCCUUCUGCAGAAAUAUCCUUCCGAAGAAAUAACCGCAUUCCUUUCCUCGCCGUCGGUUUCUGCAGUUCAGAAAGUUAUUCAUGGGGUGGUUGGGCUUUUCCUCGGUACGGAUGUUAAGAAAUCCUCCGAGGGAGCCAAAGAGAAGUCGGAAAGACCAAGGCCUAAGGAAAGGCUAUUUACAGCAGAAGAGCUGAAACAGUACGAUGGACAACCUGGUAGUAAAGGGCUUUACUUAGCCAUUUUAGGCCUUGUAUACAACGUUAAAAAGGGCAAAAAACACUAUGGACCUGGUGGAGGAUAUGAAUUUUUUGCAGGUAGAGAUGCCAGCAGGGCUUUUGUAAGCGGUGAUUUUACUGAGGAAGGCUUGACUGAUGAUAUUACUGGUCUAUCUGGUACUGAUUACAUCGGAUUAGAUGAAUGGGUUAAGUUCUAUCAGAGUGACUAUAAAUAUGUUGGAAAACUGAUAGGACGUUACUAUGACCAGGAUGGGGAACCAACAGCUUAUAAAACACAAGCUCUCAAUUGGAUUACUGAGGCAUAUCAUGAAAAAGAGGCUGACAACAAAGAGAAAAAGAUUUUCCCUCCAUGUAAUUCUGAAUGGUCUGCAGAAUCGGGUUCACGAGUUUGGUGCACUCCACGCAGUGGAGGUGUUGACCGUGACUGGGCUGGGGUUCCUCGAAAGUUAUAUACCCCGGGUCAAGGCAAGGCCAGGUGUGCUUGUGUCAAGAAUUUUGGCCCCCCUUCCCACGACCCUGAAAGGCAAGCUCAUGAUGAUACAGGAGACCUAGCUAACCCAAAUUUGGAAGAGUAUGAGGGAUGCCAGCCUGAAGAGACAUCAUGUUAUCUUACUGACAAAUAAAUGCCACGUAACAAAACAGGUACUCUGUUUUGAAACAGAAUUUACAUUAAAGGAUCUGCAGUUAUAUUUAAAAGAUCUGUCCAGUUGACUAUACAUUUAAAGUAUUUAUGUAUUAUAUAAUAUUAUUAGCAAUAAGUUGAACUGUUAAAAUAAGAAUGAAAGUGCAGGUGCACUUUAGUAUUUGCUGUGAAUAGAGGUGAUAUUUUUUCAUUCCUUGAUUAUGAAUGUAUCUAAGACAUUCAUACUACUGUACUGUUAUGUUUUAUAAAGUCUUAAUUUCC